CUUAUUAAAUAGUAUGUGUAAUGCUGGUGGUUGUUAGCGAUGGAUUUGGAUUACCAAGACCGGCUCAUGCGGCAGCAUUAUGGAGGUUCUUCUGUUGGAUCAUCUCAGAGCCCCAUCAAAUGUGUCAGCCCCUUUAAGCUAGCAUCACCUUCAAAAGAAAAAUUAGCUGACAGGUUUGUCCCACUCAGAACAAACGCUAGAUGGGCACUAAAUUUUGGCAGUCCAAAUGACAAGAACAAACCAUCGGCUCCACCGCCGAAGAAAAGCAAAGAUCUGUGUCCCGACUCGACCAAAGACCAUUAUGCGUAUUCGUGUCUACUGACCAAUGAGUUGCUUGGUCAUGACAUAUCAGAUAUAAAAUACCAAGAUCUGUCGCAAAGUGAACGGAGAGCUUUGGUGCCGGUCAGGACAAAUCCAAACCAGAAUCUUCUGCAAUUCCAGACAACCAACCGCGUACCGGGCACUGAAAAUUUGGAUCCUUCAGCACCUGACUACAGUCUAUCGCCUAUAAACAAAGCAAGUCAAAACCUUCUCAUGUCUCCUCGUAAAGCAGUUCGCAAAAUCUGCAAGCAACCUUUCAAAGUGCUCGACGCUCCGCAGCUGCAGGACGAUUUCUAUCUUAACUUAGUUGAUUGGUCUUCACAGAACUUCUUAGCAGUUGGACUGGGAUCCUGUACAUACCUGUGGGACGCAACUUCAUCAAAUGUUACAAAGUUGUGCGAUUUGGCGUCUGAGGAUGACGCAGUUACUUCAGUCAGCUGGGCCGAUCGGGGUACUCGAAUCGCGAUCGGAACUAGGAGAGCAUUGGUUCAAAUUUGGGACGUCUCAACUCAAAAAAGGAUCUAUGAAUUAUCUGGCCAUGCAGCGCGUGUAGCGUCUCUGGCAUGGAAUGGAGAUCUAAUCUCGAGUGGAUCCAGAGACAGGAGUAUCCUACAUCGGGACAUCAGGCAUCCCCGGGUGGUACCAGACCGGGAGCUGAAGGGACACAAACAGGAAGUGUGUGGGUUGAAAUGGUCGCCCGAUAAACAACUCUUGGCUUCAGGCGGAAACGACAAUAAGCUUUUUGUAUGGGACAACAGAAGCAAUACAUACUUGCAGCAAUACACAGACCACAUAGCAGCCGUCAAGGCCAUCGCCUGGUCGCCUCAUCAACACGGCCUGCUAGCCUCAGGCGGAGGAACAGCAGAUAGAUGUAUCAGAUUCUGGAACACCCUAACCCAGCAGCCUCUGAACAGUAUCGACACGGGUAGUCAAGUGUGUAAUCUUUCAUGGGCUAAAUACACAAGUGAACUGGUCAGCACGCAUGGAUACAGUCAGAAUCAAAUUUUGAUCUGGAAGUACCCCUCCAUGCAGCAAGUGGUCAAGUUGACUGGUCAUACUUUCAGAGUGCUCUAUCUGGCUGUUUCUCCCGAUGGCGAAUCAAUCGUAACUGGCGCAGGCGAUGAGACACUUCGAUUCUGGAAUGUUUUCAGCAAAUCAAGAGCAGAAAAUGAUUCACAUUCAGUGCUAAAUUUGUUCACCCAAAUCAGAUAGAAACAUUCGCAUCUGGACUAGGCGAAUCAUUAGACGUAUAGGAAUUGACUCCACUGAGCCUGUGGGAAGUUUGCCAUGCCGGACGGGAAAAAAGGAAUUUAAAAAGCUGAUGUUGACCUAAGAACUUUGCGACAUCUUCGUAGAAGCACUGUGGCAACUUUUAGUGUGUAUUUGUUUGCGAGUUGCAUGUUGACUAAACUGAAUUGGAAGCUAACGCGUGUUUCAGAAACCUAUAACGUGUCGUUUUUGCUCUUGUGAAAUCAUUAUCUUAAUAAUGUUCAAAUGUCUUUAUGUAUGCAGAUGUCUUAUUAACAUGAUAUUUUCAUCAAAUAGAAGUGUAUUCUCUCAUUAGCUUGAGUUUUAAUUGAUUUAAUGGAUCUCUUUAAAUUUUUUGUCAUAUUGCAACAAUUGAGUGGCGUUAGUUGCUUUCAAGAUCAUAUAUGCUUAACCGUUGGUUAAGUUUUUUCAAUAGGUCGAUAGUAGUUUGUAAAUGCUGUUGAUAGGAAAAAGAAGUUUUUUGAAGAGAUCUGUAUUUAUAGAUAAUAGAUUUUUAUUGUAUAUUGGACUCAUAGUGUUUGCUUUGUUUUAGUGUCCCUAUUGCUAUUCUAUUCUCCACUCAUUUUCUCAUGAAACGGUGAAACUUUGAAAUUCAUUUCAAGCGAUGCUAUUUUCUUUUUGAAAUUUGUCUUGUAUGUUUAACAGUCAAUGAACGUAGUUCAGACUCUUAUGUAAGUGGCGAUGAUUUUUUUUCAGGACAAAUCCUAAAAUUAGUUCAGUCUCAAAUUUACUUUUUCGCGGUUUGA